AUGGUAGGUGGAAAAAGAACUGGAUCAAUGGCUUGGAGAACAAUGAAGGGCGAUGGGUGGAUAACUAAGAAGGACAAUACAAGAUUUUUCCAAAUGUUCACAUUAGAAGAGGUUCUCUCAGCCUUUUGCCAAAUUAGCCGCAACAAAGUACCAGGUAUCGACGAUCUUUCAGUGGGGACUUGCUCUGAACCAAUAAUCAAACAGUUUCCGGGCAAUAUGGUCUUGUUUUCUUUUUCAAGUCAAGACUUGAGAUUCUCUGACAAAACUGAUUCCUCAUUGGUUUCAACAAACUCGAAUUAUUCCUCCUUUGCUAAGAUGACAAAUAACAGUACAAUGGAGAGCAGUCCAAAUGAAGAUGAUAUGGACUUCCAGUUUUUUUACUUUGAUGAUGUAGAAUUCCUGAACAACGUCAAUAAUAUUAUGGCUGAUAACAAUCAUCAAAAUGAAACGGCCUCAAUUUUCUCAAAGGAGAUUAGCUCUGGUGAUUAUACAUUCGGUGAAGCGUCCAAUGUUCCCAAAGCACCAGUAAAUGAUCUCCAUUUACAUUUGCUUUUCUUCUUGACGGAUGGAGAUAUGGAAUUUCGGUCUUCCUUAACAAGAGAUGAUCAGCCUCAGCUCGAUCGAAUGAACGCCAGUCCGGACACACUCGGAUUUGAAAAUGUUAGCCAUAACGGCUCAAAUCCUUUGCACGCUCAGGUAGAUCAGUUGCUAUUGUCGCCUGCCCGAACUAAUGAAUCUAUCCUUCAGCAAUCGAGCUCCAAUCCGAACCAGAUAUAUUCAGGGUUUGAAGGCAAUGGUUCCUCAUUUGGACGAGGGGAUGCAUAUCAAACUGCAUCUCCUCUUUUUAAUCCUCUUAUAAUGGAGAGGACUAAUUCAUUCCCUUUGGCACUGGCUGAAAAACUCCCAGAAAAUAGUGGUCAUUCGACUCAACCAUUCCAAACGGAGCAAGGGCUUAAUUCAAUUCAAACAGAUCAGUUCAAUGAUCGCACUGGAUCGACAAAAGAGCUCCCACAAAAUAGAGGUUACUCGACUCAACCAUUACACUCAGAGCAUGGGGUCAACUUAGUUCAAACAAAUCAAGUCAAUGGUCGAAUUGGAAUGGCGGAAAAUCUUUCACAAAAUAAAAGUUAUACAACUCAACCAUUUCACUCAGAGCAUGUGAUUAACUCGAUUCAAACAAACCAAGUCAAUGGUGAUACUGAACUGAUGAAAAAUCUCUCAAAAAAUAGAGAUUAUACGACGACUCAACCAUUUCACUCAGAGCAUGUGUUUAGCUCAAUUCAAAAAAAUCAGGUCAACGGUGAUACUGGAUUGACGGGAAAUAUCUCACAAAAUAGAGGUUAUACGACUCAACCAUUUCACUCAGAGCAUGUGGUUAACUCGAUUCAAAUAAACCAGGUCAACGGUGAUACUGGAUUGAUAGAAAAUCUCUCACAAAAUAGAGGUUAUAAGACUCAGCCAUUUCACUCGGAGCAUGUGGUUAACUCAAUUCAAACAAGCCAGGUCAACGGUGAUAUUGGACCGACGGAAAAUCUCUCACAAAAUAAAAAUUAUACGACUCAGUCAUUUCACUCGGAGCAUGUGGUUAACUCAGUUCAAACAAACCAGGUCAAUGGUGAUACUGGACUGACGGAAACACUCCCACAAAAUGGAAGUUAUUCGACUCAACCAUUUCAGUCGCAACAAGUUAACUCAAUUCAAAUAAAUCAGGUUAAUGAUCAUAUUGGAAGUAGCCUCCAAGCUGAGCUUCAAGGGGUGGAAUCAUCUAACCUAGGCAAGGUAACAAUGUGGGAUAAUCAGGUUCAACAAAACAAUAAUUUCAACAACAGUCAUCAAGGACUUCCCUACUCAAACUCGUUCACUCAAAACUCAAACGAGACUGGAUAUCUAAAUGGAGGAUCUGAACAAAUCAACCAGCAAGCACCAAAUGGGGUCUCAUAUAAAGAUAAUGACUUUUACAGGCCUCUGGCUCCUCCAGGGCAACAAUUUGUUCAGUUCCAAGCAACCGGCAAUUCUGAUCCUCAACGUUACAAUUUUGUUUCACUUAGGCCUUCAGCACCUUUAAGGUACUAA